AUGGCCGCGAAUACGGCACUCCAACUUGUCGGCCCCCGACAAUUGAUAACACCCGCAGGUCACACACGUAGCGAUUUGCCUUCAUUAGCAAGCCACUCACUUGGUUCCUCAAAACCUGUUGUUCCGACGUUCUCCUUGUCACUCCACGCCCCUCAACAUGUACGGUUCUAA